AUGGGACAGUCUUCCUCCACACAACGUGAACGUCCUGACAUUGGUUAUUCGGAACAUCUUGCGCCUUUCUCGGCGGACCGCAACCUUGAUACAAGGAAUGAAGACAUGAACAACGGACAGACAACUGAGGAUAGUGGAGGGGUCGGCUCCUCGUUCAGUGAUCAAAUAAAUUCAAUUCCCGGUCAGGAUACCACAUCGGACCAACAGACCGAGGCGCCAGACACAUGGCAACAACCCACUCGGCUUUCUGGAGGGUACUUGCCUCAUAUGCGAAGUAUUGAAGAAGAGAAUACCCUUGAGGUUGACCCGACUCAUCGCGAAUACCGUUCUGCGGCCAUCGCUCGAAUGGUAGCAAGACGGCAAUCCACCAUGUCAAGGCUGGGUUCAAGAAUCUUGCCAAAUUCAGUCAUCCGUGGUCUUCUCAGCAGUCAGGAAGAGACACCUGCAGAGGGUCAUGCGCAUCGGCAUGGGAUGGUCUCAAGGACAAUUCCAAGGACCGAGGCUGCUCACAGCAGUGGUCGCUUCAGUCCGUUCGGUUCACUUAGUUCUAGGGGCAUUACUCGACGGCGUACCACUCGAGGGCCCUACUUUAUCCCACGCGCAGAAUCCUCAGGCGUGUCGGAUCCGUCCGCAAACCCUUCAUAUCUUGAUCUGGCUGCCGAACGGGACCCGGAACCCACCAGAGCAUCCUGGCGUCGCAGUGCCCGUCUCCACCGUAUGCGGCACUCGAUUUCUAGCCCGAUUUCUCACAUGUUCGGACAGUCUCUCGCCGACAUGGAUCCUCAUCAGCUCGGGGAUGCUUCAAAUCUGCCUACUGUUCCCGCUUUCGAUGAAGGCUUCCCGAGAGCCAUGGACACUAGUUCGGACUUCACCGAGCCUCCGCAUGAGCUCGAUUCUGUGGAACCAGAAAUACAACACGGGGAGCACUUGUCUCCCACAUCCCCUGGUCAGACGAAUGCUGGUAUUCCGGGAAUGCGACGUAUUCCUGCUCUACUCAGGGCACGAUCUUCUCGAGUCUUGCGGCGAGAGGAACAGACGCCAUUGUCACGCGUUUUGCAACUUGCUGCAGCUGCUAUCGCUGCCCAACUUUCGGGGACCACCGGUCCUGUGUUGCCAAACAUACAAUCUUUAGGAAAUGAUGGGCUGGAUGGUUCGUUGGAGAACUUCAUUAAUAGUUUACAAAACGCCACAUCCGCCCAAGCCCAGCCAACUGCCACCGGGGAAGGUCCAAGCAACUCUGAAAACGAGGGCCCAUCUCAGCCUGUCAACUUUCUACGCGUUUUUCGAUUUGCCAAUUCAGAACCUUCCGGACAGAGCACUCCUGGACGGAGCAACGCCAGUGGCUCUCAAGAACAAGGCACGCAGACCGAUGCAAUGGAUCUUGACGGACCUUCAGAGGGGGGUGAAGGGCGGACAGUCACUCUCGUCGUGGUUGGGGUGAGAUCAGUUCCGACAAGCAACGGAGGGAAUGCAGAACAACAAGGUACCCCCGUAGGUCCUGGCCUGGAUGCCUUGCUGGGUGGUUUGCCAUUCCUAUCGCCCAACGCUGUUCCUCGACCCCCGGAUCUCACGCAACGAGCAGAUGGGCUGCCACGGCUGCAAGCUCCUCGACAGUCCGUUGUCAGAUGCUGGGCCUCGCGCUGCCUACCCCCUUUCAUUCCUACUGCCCUGUCGGAGAGUCCACCGGGACCUAUUCCGCCUCCGUCGACUCCAGCGGACCAGGGCUUGUCAGCUGUGUCUUCGGGCACCUCAACUCCUAGUCGCAGGCCGUCCUCCGCUUCGGCAAUGUACCCGGACGCUUUGCCUAUACUGAACGAAGAUCAGUCUUUGCAGCCAACAGUAGAGCCUGCCGACGAUGCUAUUCCGCCUCCCAGCACCGCUCACCGACGCCGUCGGAUCGAUUCUGAAUUUGCUCGACACCGGGCCCUUGGAUCGGGUGCUGUUCGACGCAACGGGAUGGUCGAACCUGAUCAGCCCUCCCCAAGCAGCGGUCGAAGCUGGUUGAUCUAUGUUGUGGGAACCAAUCUAUCGGAAAAUCACCCGGCAUUGACGACUCCAAGUCUGUUUACUGAUAAUCCCACUUACGAAGACAUGAUUCUGCUCUCAUCCCUUUUGGGUCCCGCCAAGCCUCCCGUUGCCACUCAAGCCGACGUCAACUCUGCCGGAGGUUUGUAUCGUCUGGUCGAAUACGGUGGCUCAUUGGUUGCGGAGUUGGUGGAUGGCGCAGGCGCCAUUCAACUUCAGGAUGGAGAGCGCUGUCUGAUCUGCUUGAGUGACUAUGAGGUCGCCGAGGAGGUCCGGGAGCUGGCUAAAUGCAAACAUAUCUACCACAAAGAUUGCAUUGAUCAGUGGCUGACUACCGGACGGAACUCUUGCCCCCUUUGCCGAGGUCAGGGUGUGCAUGAGACCUCGACCAGCAGCAAUAAUCCCGCUCCCGAUUCGGCAUCUCCCGAUGUUCCGAUUGUCUGA